AUGCCCAAGAAACACCGUGUGAAGCGACAAAACUAUGUCGCCCACCUGCGCAACCUGGAGAAGGAGCGGGAGACCUACCUGCAGAAGCGCCGUGCGCACAAGCGCAGCCGCGAGACGGGCAACGAGGAGGUAACAGGCGAGACACGCGACAGGGCGGAGGCUGGUGCACCUAAGAAGCGUCGCAUCGAGGCUGACGCCUCCAUAGCGGUGGGUACGAUGAACGAAGAGGGGGCAGCGCCGCACAUGCACGUGACCCCGACAACAGCAGCAAAGAGCGUUGCUGCCGCUGAGACAGUCCCAGCAAAGCGCUAUUCCUUUUCCACGGAUUCAUUCGCCGAGUUGGUGAAAACAUCCGCGGCGACGGCGCGGGCGAGCGAUGCCGCUCCGUGCGACGCGUCGGCACUUGCCAAAACCGCGAAGAAGACGCUCAAACGCCGCAACUACUGA